GCGGUGAUAUUCAGAGUCGUUAUGGCGUCGCACCGAACGGGAAUGGGAUUUUUCAGUUGCCGCAUGUAUUGGAAUUUACCAGUCAUGUUCCACGUUCUUUUGUAGUUAAAUAUACACAUGCAAAUGAAGGAAGAAGAUAAUAUACCGGGAACGGUCAAUGGCACCGUUAUGGAGCGACAAAAAGGUGGUGUCGAAGAUAGCAGGGGUUGUACGGACACACUGAUCUACGAAGCGGGAUCUAAUCAAGCUGCAGCUCGUGGCGACCGCAAUGGUACAGGAAACCGUGUCGGAACGGGGAUACGCGUUCUAAAGCGGAACAUGAAGAGGAAUGGGAGCAGAGGCUGUGUUACCAGGAAGACCCGCUUUGGAUCGCGGGAGCGGGACUGGCUGAAGGGGGAUGCCCAGCGGGGCUGUGUGUGUCUGUACGGGGGAACAGUUGACCCCCAGCCCCCAGCCUCGGGCCCACAGGCCUCCUCCACCCUCCAGGCAGACCUGCGGCUGGUGCUAUGCUCCACCACUACCACGGUGGAGGAGCUGUGUGCCCAGAGAGAAGUAGAGGGACUAUACCUGCAGCUCCAUGGAGACCUGCUCAGGAGGCUGGACCCCUCUGAGCGCCCUCUCCAGAUGGUGUAUGACUACCUGGCUGCUAUAGGCUACCAGGACCCUCUGCGGGUUCAGAGAGAGGCGGCCAACUCGGACCUCAGCUGCAUGAUCCGCUUCUACAGUGAGUGUCCAGUGAACGCGGACCAGCAGGAGCGAACCCUGUUGACGGGAGUGUUCAGCGUCAGGAAGGGAAAGACCCAGCUGCACAAGUGGGCAGAGCGCCAGGUCCUCCUGUGUGGAACCUGUCUGAUUGUGGCCUCCGUCAAAGAUAGCCUGACGGGGAAGAUGCACAUCCUGCCCCUGGUGGGGGGAAAGGUGGAGGAGGUGAAGAGGAGACAGCACUGUCUGAUGUUCAGCUCAGCCGGACCUCAGGCCCAGACAUACUUUGUUAACUUCGACACACUGGCAGACUAUCAGAGGUGGCAUCGGCAGGCUUCAAAAGUGGUUUCUCAGACCAUCAGCCUGGUGGAUCUGUCAUGCUACAGUCUGGAGGAGGUGCCAGAGUAUCUGUUCUACAGCCAGGACCUCACCCAUCUCAACCUCCGACACAACUUCAUGUCCCUGCAGGGCCCCGGAGGACUGCUCAACCUCCCCAGGUUUUCCCAGCUGAAGAGCCUGAACCUUUCGCAUAACCGCCUGGGAGUGUUUCCAGAGUCUGUCUGUGAGAUCCUCACCCUGACAGAGCUCAACCUCUCCUGUAACGGCAUGAACACUGUCCCCGCACAGAUAGGCAACCUCCAGAGUCUGCAGACCCUGUCUCUGGAUGGGAAUCAGUUGAGCUUCCUUCCUGAAGAGCUUGGCGGCCUAGCUCAGCUCAGCAGCCUGGGGCUUUCCUUCAACAACUUCCCCCACAUCCCUGGUGUGCUGGAUAGGCUGAGUGGCAUGGACAGGCUAGCCAUGUCUGGGAACAGGGUGGAGACCCUGGAGCUGGGGAUCCUUGCCAGGAUGAGCCACCUCAAGAACAUCGACCUGCGGCUGAACGGUCUGCGCUGGGUGAAGAGUGAGGCCCUGGAGGCAGUGAAGCAGGUGACCCAGCUGGACCUGAGGGACAACCACUUGGCCACCCUGGAUCUGAGCUCCAUCUGUAGCCUGGAAACCUUGCACUGUCAGAGAAACCAGCUGAGGGCGCUAACGCUGAGUGGCUUCACCCUGCGCACGCUCCACGCCAGCAGCAACCGCCUGACCACAGUCAACAUCUACCCAGUACCCAACCAGCUGACACAGAUGGAUCUAUCACGGAACCUGCUGGAGUACCUUCCAGACUGGGUGUGUGACAGUAGAAAGGUGGAGGUGCUGGACGUUACACACAACUUCCUGUCUGAACUACCAUCCAGACUGCUCAGCAGCCUGAGUCUGAGGAAGCUGCUGGCUGGGAACAAUAGGCUCCAGAGACUGCCUGACCUACUUGACCACGUCCCUCUGGAAGUACUCGACCUCCAGCACAACAAGCUAGGCGAGCUCCCAGAGAGCCUCUUCUACAAGGCCUUAAACCUAAAGUACCUGAACGUGUCAGCUAAUGCCCUGGAGACAAUUCCCCCCAGCAGCCAAUCAGAGGAGAGUCUCAGCACCCUCCAGGAACUGUACCUGACGGGGAACAAACUGAAUGAGAACUGCGCUGCUCUGCUUGUGGGACACCAGAACCUCAGAGUCCUGCACAUGGCCUACAACCAGUUGCUCUCUUUCCCUGCCAGUAAACUGAGUAAACUAGAGCUGCUGGAGGAGCUGAAUCUGAGUGGCAACAAGCUGAAGACCAUCCCCUCCACUGUAUCCAGCUGUAAGAGGCUACACACCCUCAUAGCACACUCCAACCACAUCAGUGUGUUCCCCGAGAUCCUCAACCUGCCAGAGAUCAAGCUGGUGGACUUGAGCUGUAAUGAGCUGACUGAGAUCUUACUGCCAGACUCUCUAACGGCCACCCUGCACGAACUAGACCUGACUGGCAACUGCAGCCUCUUGCUGGAGCACAAAACACUCAACCUGUUCAGUCACAUCACCACCCUGAAGCUGGACCAGAAGCCAGCCAUGACCACCGGGGACUCCCUGGGCUCCUCCACCCUGUGGGACCACGGCUACUCUGAGAUGAGCGGGCAGAGGAACAAAUUGUGUGUGUCUGUGCUGGCAGUGGACCGCUUUGGGGAUAGUGUUGAGGCGGCCUAUGGCGUCUUCGACGGAGACCGCAAUGAGGAAGUUCCUCGUCUGUUGCAGUGCACCAUGGGAGAUGUGCUGUCGGAGGAGCUGCUGCAUUCCAGUGUGGACAGUGUGUACAUGAGCAACACCUUCCUCACCUCACACAGGAAACUGGGCAUGGCUGGUCAGAAGCUGGGUGCAUCUGCCCUGCUCUGCUACAUCCACCACGAGCCGUCGGAGCUGGGCAGCUACUUCAGCCUGACGGUGGCCAACGUGGGCAGCUGCCAGGCGGUGCUGUGUCGAGACGGACAGCCCCUGCCCCUCUCCAAGGUCUUCAGCCUGGAGCAGAGCACCGAAGAGAUGGACAGGGUCAAACUCAGCAAGGCGAUCAUCACUGAGGAUAACAAAGUGAGUGGAGUGACAUGCUGCUCUCGCCUCCUGGGAUGCUCUUAUCUGUCUCCCUGGGUGCUGCCCAAGCCCUGGGUGCGCACUGAGCCCCUGUGUUCCCAAGAUGAGUUCCUGAUCCUGGGGAACCGGGCGCUGUUUGAGAGGGUGUCCUACCAGGAGGCUGUGUGCACCGUGCAGGCCGUGAGGGACCCCCGCGCAGCUGCCAAGAAGCUCUGCACGCUGGCCCAGAGCUACGGCUGCCGGGACAAUGUGGGGGCGGUGGUGGUGUCCCUGCACAUCGGGGAGGACAGCUGUACCUGUGAGCCCCCUCACGCCAGUACUGGUACUGAACCCCGGGGACCCCCUCCAACACCCCUCCCCGUCACUGCUCCCCCAGGGGACCCGGCCACGCCCUCCUCCAGCAGUGGCAUCGCUUCAGAGUUCAACAGCGAGACUUCGGCCUCGGAGGUGGGGAGUGAGGCGGGCUCCACGGCCUCUGACGAGCACCCCUCUGGCCCCACAGUCCGACCUGAGAGGCGCUGUAGUCUCCACCCUGCAGCCACGCUCUGUGCCCCCGCGGGACCCGGCUCAGCUGGAGUAGGGGGGCCCCACCCUGUCCUGUUCCAGCGCCAGCCCUCCUGUGCCACCUUCUCCAGUAACCAGUCUGACAACGGGCUGGACAGUGAUGACGAGGCUCCACUAGAGGGGGUCAUCUCCAAUGGGAGCAAGCUGGAGGUGGAGGUGGACAUCCACUGCUGUGCUUUCCAGAUCCGUUCUGGGCCAGCCGCGAGCCCAAAGGACCACAACCUGGACAAGACACGCUCAGACUACCCCAACGGAAAGAUGCGUCGUCAGAACAGCGUGGUGGUGUCAGCCACUAAUGGCUGCCUGCUGGCUGUGUGUGGCAGAGAGAUCUCGGACCUAAAGAAGUCCCCCUCUACCUCCAGCCUCUUUGGGAAGAAGCUUUCCAACGGCUCCGUGGUGGCCCCGGAAGAUAGCCACAACCUCAUCGAGGUAGCCCUGGAAGCCCCAAAGAAGAAGUCGGGUUACUUCACUGCCCCUGCCCAGCAGGACCCCGAGGACCAGCUGGUAGUGCCUCCCAGUCUAGAGCAGGAUGUUAGGGAACAGCUGAGGGGCCAGAGCCCUAUGGUCCCAGGACCUCCACCCCCUUUCACACCCCCCUCCAUCAGAGACCCUGUGUGGGACCACCCCCACCCCCCUGCUCCCAUGCUGCCCCAGCGGGACCUCGCCCCUAACCCUAUCCCUGCCCUACAGCAGGAAGUUUAUGAUACUGCCCUCUAGAGGGGGCCAGAGCACAGCGCCACCCUGUGGUAGUUCUGUGACAGUGCCAUACCAGGGGGGCAGAGGAGGUCUCUCUGGCACAGGUGGGAUAUUCCAGUUCAAGUUUCCAUUCAGCUCUGUCAUGAAGACCAGAUGGACAUGUGGGGCCUUGACUGUUCAUACAUGAAUGCGUUACGUCACGUUAGACGUAGAGAGGUGCUUAGCGAACUGUCUGAUGAACCUGGUGGAACUGUCUGAGUAUCAGAGCUGAACAGGCACUGAAGUCACCAACCAUGAAAAUAGGUUGUGAAAAGAAGGGGGCCACCGGAGGCCAAAAUACCCCAGCCUGAACUAGAAUACCUCAUGCGUUUUAGACUGCAGAACUUGUUUGCAACAUUUCCCUUUACUUGGAAGGAAGGUCAAAUAGUGAAAUGGUAGAAUAAUCCAUUUGAGUGUGUUAUCAUUCCAUUGCUGGGGGCUGCAGGGGCUCCUAGAUCCCAGGGACAAGUCCUGUGACCAAAAGGUGAAAAAGUGCCUACUGUAGAUGACUCAGCCCCAGAUGUCCCUGCCUCCCUGCCUGUGUGUGUAUGGAGGGGGGAGGGGACACACAUCAGUAUUAACCCUGGAAUAGGACAUCACUGUGUGACAGCGUCCUCCAGGGGCCACCAAUGGUACAGCCACUUCUCGCGCUCUCUCUUUCUGUCUGUCUGUAUAUAUAUCCUACUUUAUCUCCCUCUCUAACCUGUUGACUGCACAAUGGCUGGCAGGACUGGAAACUGGGCUGACUGGCCUUACUCUGUGGCACAAGGAUUCAGACUGUGUAUGCUAGAGGCAGGUAGGAACAUAACAGCAGGCGAUAAAAAAACGAAUCUAAUUUUUAUUUACUAAAAAAACUAAGAAGUGACCCUUUCUAUCAACACCAUAAUCCUCUAUAUGGGAAAUACAGUUAGUAUCUAUAUACACAUUUAGUCUGAGCAGUGUAGUGCAGAACCACAUAGUGGUGUAAUCACAAGGCCAGCUUGGCCUAGUCCCAGCAUCAGGAUGCGUAUCCAUUUGGAAACCAUUGAAGCCUUGCUGGGAGGAAUAAUACAGAAAAUAACAUUCAAAAGUAGCAUCAAGCUCUCAUAAAAAGGCAAACGCAAAAUAACAUAACAGUGCAUUGCUCACCUGUACAGAACCAAUAUGGCAUAGUGCUUCAAAACCAUUAUUGUAACACUGUAUCCGUGACAGUGCAUGGUCAACAAAUUUUAACAGAAAAAGUCAUUAUAUUAAUUAUGUUUAAUGGGCAACAUGAGUGGUGACAAUGAAGACGAAACAAUUGUUCACGAUGUUCAUAUCUCAAAGACGCUACAAUGCACACCAGAUCCUGUACAGUAAUCAUUAUAAGUGAUGGGUGAAAAAACAUGUUCUUCACAUUAUUCGGGUGCCAUCAUUUAAGGAGUCCAGAUACUGUGAGAUGUGUAGCCCCUUUUUCUUUCGUUUUUCUAGUUUCACGCUUGUUGUACCCAGGAAAUUGUGCAAAAUCUCUCCAGUGACCAACAUAUCGAAAGUGUUUUUUAGGGUUUGAGAAUCAUUCUGUUCCCAUCAUUCCAUUAGCUUCAGUCAACUGAACAAAAUAUCCAUGUUUAGUGUACUAAAAUGAGGAUGUAACAUGGUAUAUUAUUUUACAUGUAUAUGAAAAGUAUGCAUGUUGUGAAAGUCUAUUUUAAUCAUGCAGUUUGCAUAAUUCCUUUGGAGCCUAUAGAUAUAGCUGGUUGAUGCUCUUCAUUUUAAGUCAGUGACUGGCGAGAGAAAGACUAAAAAUAAUUGAAAUAAUUAGAUAUUUCAUUCUCAUAGAUCUACUGACAGAUUCAAUAGGGGUAUGUGGGAUAUCUGGUGGUGAUAACUAUGAAUUGCCUCAAAUGUUAGUUCUAUAUCAGUGAAUAUCACCAGUGUACUCUACCACCGCUACCACCUACUGUAUAACAGAUUCAGAACAAGCACAGUGUGUUUUUGUUGGCAGGACAGAAAAGCUCAUUGUUGUCUUGGCGACAAUAAGGGCUGGUUUGAGUAAGAGGGGUGGUGUGAAGCUCACAUGAGUGGCAACACCAAACCAUUUCAACAGGUGGGUGGAUGACUGGAUGGGGUAUUGUGAAGGAACAACGUUUCAAGAGGAAUGUAAGGACACCUGACCUAAUGCUGAGGAGGAUGUUCUCUUACUCUUCUUUCACAGUGUGGAGACAAGCCUUUGUCUGUUCCAUAUGUUUCUAAUCUGUCAGAGGACCCUUGGUUAAUACCAUCCAACCAAUGAGGAAAACGGGUUUAUCAGAUUACGUUUAUGUGGAAUUUUAGCAAAAAUGAGCAAAGCACUUUUGUGUCCCGAGAAGAGUGAAAAAACUAAAGUAUUGAGUGUAAGCCAUUCGUUUUGCAUCAGAAUUUGAGUUCAGACUUUAUUUGGGGCAUUUGCUAAUGGUUUUAGUGUUGCUAAGGUAUGGAGUGGCCCUGACUUUUAUCUAGCACAGACAUUGUGAAAUAUGCCCGUCAUGGACAUUGCUUUGAAUAAAGGCAUCUGCAUAAUAUGGGUCAGUUGACUGUGAAUAUGACAUUUCUAUAAAGUUGUACUUUAAGUUGCAAUGUUAGAGGAUAGUAUAACACUAAUUGACUCAUCAUUGAUAUAACAAAGCUGCAGACCAAAAUCUACCACCCUUCCCCUUUGUGCCAAACUGCCUAACCCUAACCCAUUUUAGAGAGGACAACUUUCUGACUUAGUAAGAGAGGGCUUGUGGUCUGACAAGAGAAUGACUGGGAUGUGUUCCUAGAUGCCACUGUGAGAAGGCUGGUGGCAUGGUUGUAAUACUUACCAUAGCUGCUUAGCUAGCUACAACCCACUCUAUGCUUGUUCAUAGCCUUAAUUGCAGCGCUGCCAGUCCUAAUGAUGAUGGGGACUGUCUUUUUCUGUUGGUUUUAUUUCCUUUAGCGGAGCUGGUUUUGCCCACGUGGCAAGGUCAGGAGCAUAUAACACGGCAAUAUUUUGCAUUAUUUUCUCCAAAUUGCAGAGGGAGCAAUGUAACGUUUCAAGCUAGUAGAACAAGGAUUGGGACCAGAGGGGUGGAUUCUAAAGGUUUAGUAGAAUUGGCAGUAUUUUAGAUGCUCAAAAACCUCACAGCUGCUUCGAAAUGGCUAUUUACUUCAUCCUUAACGUUCAAGACUGGGUUGAUUGGUGAAUUUGCCUUUCUAAAGCCUGCUUGCUUAUAAUAUGAGAUGUAUUACAUACAAUUGAAGUUGGAAGUUUACAUACACCUUAGCCAAAUACAUUUCAACUCAGUUUUUCACAAUUCCUAACAUUUAAUCGUAGUAAAAAUUCCCUGUCUUAGUUAGGUCAGUUCGGAUCACCACUUUAUUUUAAGAAUGUGAAAUGUCAGAAUAAUAGUAGAGAAUGAUUUAUUUCAGCUUUUAUUUCUUUCAUCACAUUCCCAGUGGUUAGAAGUUUACAUACACUCAAUUAGUAUUUGGUAGCAUUGCCUUUAAAUUGUUUAACUUGGGUCAAACGUUUCAGGUAGCCUUCCACAACUUUCCCUCAAUAAGUUGGGUGAAUUUUGGCCCAUUCCUCCUGACAGAGCUGGUGUAACUGAGUCAGGUUUGUAGGCCUCCAUGUUCCCACACGCGUUUUCAGUUCUGCCCACAAAUGUUCUAUGGGAUUGAGGUCAGUGCUUUGUGAUGGCCUAUUUUGUGAAGUGCACCAGUCCAUCCUGCAGCAAACCGUAGUCUGGAUUUUUUAUGGCGGUUUUGGAGCAGUGGCUUCUUCCUUGCUGAGCGGCCUUUCAGGUUAUGUCGAUAUUGGACUCGUUUUACUGUGGAUAUAGAUACUUUUGUACCCAUUUCCUCCAGCAUCUUCACAAGGUCCUUUGCUGUUGUUCUGGGAUUGAUUCGCACCAAAGUAUGUUCAUCUCUAGGAGACAGAACACGUCUCCUUCCUGAGCGGUAUGUUGGCUGCGUGGUCCCAUGGUGUUUAUACUUGCGUACUAUUGUUCGUACAGAUGUACGUGGUACCUUCAGGCAUUUGGAAAUUGCUCCCAAGGAUGAACCAGACUUGUGGAGGUCUACAGUUUUUUUCUGAGGUUUUGGCUGAUUUCUUUUGAUUUUCCCAUGAUGUCAAGCAAAGAGGCAAUGAGUUUGAAAGUAGGCCUUGAAAUACAUCCACGGGUACACCUCCAAUUGACUCAAAUUUUGUAAAUUAGCCUAUCAGGAGCUUCUGAAGCCAUGACAUUCCUAGCUGUGCACAAUCAACUUAGUAUAUGUAAACUUCUGACCCACUGGAACUGUGAUACAGUGAAUUAUAAGUUAAAUAAUCUGUCUGUAAACAAUUGUUGGGAAAAUGACUUGUGUCAUGCACAAAGCAGAUGUCCUAACCGACUUUCCAAAACUAUAGUUUGUUAACAAGAAAUUUGUGGAGUGGUUGAAAAACUAGUUUUAAUGACUUCAACCUAAGUGUAUGUAAACUUCUGACUUCAACUGUAAGUUUUAUUCACUUAUUUUGUUCCAACUUCGGACAAAAUCUGCUCUUCAAAUGUUCAAACACUGUUUAAAGCACUUUGUACAUAGGGAGAUAUAUAUAUUCAAAGAUUGAUAUUUGAGUAUUAUGUGAGAUAUUUAUAAAAAAAUGCACAUUAACUCAUAGGGCUUGAGUUGUCGUUGUUGUGGCUUCUGUCAGCCAAACAUAUAAUGUCUUCUCUAAGAGAAAGUAUCCAAUAGAAGUGCUAAUAAUUCAAAGUGAAGUGUGAGAGAAUUACAAAACUGCUUUUUCUGGUGGAUGCAAGUUUGUCUUUUAGCACAAAGAUAGGCAUUGUUCUUCCUUGUUCAAGUCUUAAGGCUUUUUUGUAUUGAGUCAUUCUGCUUCCAUGAGAGGAACAGCAGCUGGUGUUGUGGGGUGAAAGAUCCUGGCUCCUUCUAGGGAUGAUAAGUGGCAGAAAGCAGGCAUUUUGAAUAUUGCUUUGUUUGCUAACGGAAGCCACCUGCUGUGCCUCAGGCGGUAACACAGGUACAUGUACGCACCACAGGUGUGGGUUUGCCCUCCACCCUGAGCAUUUCAGGACAGACUAAAGAAACAGAUUUGAACUUGCACACAUCUGACAUUUUCAUAUGGCAUUUAAGUUGAGAAAAUAAGAACAGUAUGAAGAGGUGAUUGUCUUUUAUGUGGUUGGUGGAACAAGAGAAUUCAAAGCUCUCAUAAUCCUCUUAAUGAACAGGAAGUUGGACUUCAAAUACACUACACAAUGUAGAUGAUUAUGAACAUGAUUUCCCUCACAUCAAAUAUGCAAAGUGUCACCUGUUUAUAUUACUCACAGGUUACACACCUGACCUGAAAAUAGGAGGAUCCUUUUUUCUUAACUAUGGAAAUGAGUAGGAACUGAGCAUUCUUGUCUGUGUGUGCGUAUGCGUGUGUGUGAGAAUGGUGAAGUGCAGUGUUCUGCCAUCGUGUGCGUUUUUACCUUUUGUCAACUCUUUCUACACAGUGGUCCAUGUAGAAAAGUUGAUCAAGAGGCUCCAUAAUUGGGCCCUAGUUUGCCAAGUGGGGACCAGCAACACACUACUAAGCUCUGUGCGUUCCAAAUGCACCCAUGUUAUGUGUUCUAGCAGCCAAAAAUGCAUUCCAAAUGUAAGAACAUGCAUCUGCAAAUCCUUAGCCAAUUAUUAUUUGCUAUUUUGUUUACAGUCAACUCUCCCUUGCUUUUGUAAAGAACCAAAAAGUUGACUGCUACUAACAAGAGCUAGAAACAAUAUUGAUUGAGAAGGUCAUUAACCUAGAUAGAGGAAUAAAUGUGCCUGUACAUAUGCAUACCGUACGUAUGGCUACAGUAAGAUGGGGCACAGAGUAACAGAUCAAGGUGACAUCACAAUGAUGGCAAAGUAUUCCCUUUAAUUAUUUAGUAGAGGAGAUCAAGUACUGUUCAUGAUCUGAGUGCACCAUAAUCCUAUGUAAAUACAGCUGUGUGUGUGUGGGUAUGCAUAUUUAAGUAGGUUAUUGUGUCAAUGCUUUUCUGAUUCAGUUUAAUCCACUCUCUGUAAACACAUGAUGUUUUAUUUCUCUUCUCAGAGGGAGAACAUGCUGCCUGUUUGUCAUUGCAGUCUGAGUGAGAACGUAUGCAUGUGUUGCUGUUAUAUUUAACGGAAUGAAUCUGGAAAGAAUCUGAUAUUGAGGACGUUUCAAUUGUUUAACAUGUGACCAAAGUAGACAUUGUUUGAUCUCACCUUUCUUUCUGUACUUUCUUUUCUAGAGAUGCUUGAAUAUUUUCUCUCAAUGCCAAGAAGCUGAGGUUUAUUUUUGUACAUUGUUUCAUGCAAAUGUAUAGGUCCUUCUCCACUAAAGUAUCUAGAAUAAAGGGAUUCUAUUGUA